UUUCCCUUUGUUUUGUGUUUUGUUGCUUUUGUUCCUUCUGCUUUUGCGAGAGUUCCACUCAGUUGGGGAAACCCAGGCUUUUUGUAUGGGCCAUUAGCUACUUGUCUCCAGUGGACUAAUCUCUCGAAUCUCUCUCUCGAAUCUCUUCUCUCUCCAACCUUUAAAAUUUACAAUGGCGUCUUCACCUUCUCCUUCCGAAAACCAGCUCAUUCCGCGUUCAGAAGUUGAUUCUCAGCUCUCGUCUCUCGUCUUCGAUCUCUCGCAGCAGGUACAAACAGCAAUGGUGAACAUGCUUAAGAUGAUUAAUGAAAUUGAUGAGAACUCCACUGAAAUCAUGGAAGACAUAGAGAAUUGCAAAAACAAAGCUCUGGAGAGGAAGAGAACUCUAGAGGAACAGAAAGAAAGUUUUCAGAAAGCUGCAUUCAGUGUUUUAGACAUGCUCAACAACAAGGAUAUUGGAUACAAUUAGAUCUUACUGGAAUAAGGACAAGCAAUCAGUUUAUUAUGGCACGAGGAUGAGAUUGCACACAGUGGGAGUCGUGAGAUGCCUAGUUGAUAUUAUAAUUGUAGGGUUUCAUUAUUUUUCGUCAAUGAUCGAGAAUUUCUUCAUUCAUGUCUCCUAUGAUCAUCUCGCACCUCCCUUAGUUGAAUAUAGGGUAUUCUAGUAUAAUUUCCACAUAUUGUGAUUUUUACAUGGAUGCUAGCUAUUUUCUGGGAUAUUAGGUGGACUUCUCAUGAGGUUUCUAACCAUUACAUGAAGCUUUCUUAGGGUUUCUGGCAA